AUGAAUUCCGACAAGGAGCUGCCGCCAACGAUAUCCGAAACAGGGUCCAUCAUUCGCAGCUGUCAGAAAGCUCUCGCUGCCGCUAAUUAUCUAAAUCAUCGGUUAGAUAGCGCAAGCAGAGGACCAGAUGACAGGCUAAAUCACGUUUCGAGAGAAAUCCUAUUACUGCGGGGAACCUUGGAGUUGGUACAGGCAAAGGCAAGCGAGUUCCCAGAGACGUUGGUCAGAAACCAUGUCUACAACGUUGUCUCCUCCUGCAAUACCGUAAUCUACGAAGCCGAGGACCUCACACAUCCUUCCCGCUGGAAAGAUGCGAAGGACAGGGACGUUGAGAGAUUACAGGGCAGUAUACAAUGGUCUACAUCGGCACUGCGCCUUGCCCUGGAGGUUCUCGCCCUGCGGUCGGCAGCUCAUGAGGUGCCGAGGUCCAUAAACCUAGAGUUCAAGCAAGCUUCCACGACGUCGGAAGCGUUGUCGAGCACCGUUACCGCAGAGGUGAGAGCCCUGCCUCGAGCAGUGACAGUCAGGCUUGGGGAAAGAUCAAAGGAUGGGACAUCCAGAGAUUCGACUACUACCGCAACAGUCAAUACCAUCGCCACGCAGACAAACGAUAAUUACCAAGAGUUACGCUUACAGAUCAUUGUCGGGAAUAGGGAGAGACGUUAUCCUCCGGCACCAAUAGUGGACCAUACACAAAAGGGGGCGAGGGAGGAAGGGAAACAAACACAUGCCGAUAAAAGAAUAACCGAGAACCCCAGCGAAGAUAAACAUCCGGAAUGUGGUAGAAAGGAUGUACAACCAGAUAAUACCGACGGAAGCCCUCAGAAUGUCGCGCGAAAAUGGAAGAGUGUUCGGGAUGUGUUUUUGUUCAAGGGCCAUUUGAUUUUAGACAUGCCAUGUCCAAGGGCUAUCCGCAAAAUACUGGAAAUCGCGCCAGAUUCUCGAAGCGAGUAUAGCCACUUGCGCUACUCGGCUGUGACUUGCGGUGGGGAGGAGUUCGCAACAGAUCCGAGUUGGAAGCUGCGGUCGUCGCUUUUUUCCCAACCAAGGACGACAGGGCUAUUCAUCUCGGUUGCUGUUUCCAAGUCUUCGGAUAUCCUCUCUGCGUUGCAGAAGAUUUGGGCCACAUUCGAUGCCAUGGACGAUAGGGCACGGUUGCGUGGAAACUCUUCUUUCAAGGACGACUGGAAGCGCAGGAUCGUUCAUAUCCAUUGCCCGAUAUAUCCUGAUGAAGAGGUCCAAAGAUUGUUCAACGAAAUCGGGGUACGACCAAAAACGCCCGAUCGGGCAGCUUUUCUGGACGUCGAAGUGGAUUCGGAAGUCUUUUCUGAAACGGAGUCAGUCGGUGGAACAGGCGUGUUGUGGUACAUGUAUGAGUACACUGCAAAGCUCCGUCUUACGGCUGGUCACGAUGCGGGGCUAGGAAAAACGGAAUACAUAGCUUGCCUCAAUGCCAAGGCGAGCCCAGUGCAAAUCAUCGUUACUAACGGCCGCAGGCAGGUUGACAUUAGCUGGGGUGGGGAUAUCAGUAUCUCGCCUCCGGCUCUGUUUAGGCCGACAUGGAGGGAAGUGCGACAGGCCCUAAGUCAAAAGCUGGGUGCCAAGGUGAUUCUCUACGGCGAUGGAGAGUCCGUAGCAAAGCAUUUCGGCAUGGAUACGGUAGAGAAGGCUUGGGAGAAAGGUGGGGAGUUUGAGGGGAUGCUGGGGGAUAUCUCUGGGGAGAGAGUCGGGAAUACCAAUAAGCCUGGACUUGCGUCACGAUCGAAGAGAUGGCUCUUUGGUUGA